AGGAAGUGGCUGCAGCAGCAGCAGCAGCAGUGCUGACUGGAGCUGGACAUGUAGCUGCUACACUGAUGCACCAGCAGCUGUCUGUCUGUCAGGAUUUCACUAGCCUGGCAGCUAGAUCACAGUCAUAUCUGACAAUGCGAUGGGUAACUGCUGGGCAUACUGUGUGGGGCUCUUCAGGAGAGAAGCCAGCAGGAUCCAGAGAGGAGGCGGGUCAAAAUACUUCCGCAGCAGUACCACAGGGGAGCAUUAUACAAUCGAGUUUGAAAAUCUGGUAGAGAGUGAUGAGGCUGAGAGCCCACAGCCCUGCCCGAGGCCCAUCAGUGAGGAUGAGCUCAACCACCUCAGAGAGCACCGCUACACUGCGCUGUCAGACAACCAGGUCCUGAUAGACCAGAAGCUACAGGUGGAGUUAGAGGCACAAGAGGAGAAGUUGAGGCUAGAAGACGAGGCUAGAAAUGCCGCCCAGCGCGAGGCCGCCAGGUUGGCACGUGAACGAAAAUUGAAGGAGCUGUCUGCCCAGAGGACACGAGGGAAAGCAGAUGGCUCCGGCGGUGAAACUCAGCAAAGAAAACCAACCUCUGGGGAGGAUUUUGACGUCUACCUCCAGAAUGUUAAAGCCCAGUCGGAGGCUUUCAGAGGCACCAGACUGCCGUCUGACACCAACGUGGUGACCCCCAACACAGAGUGCAGCUGGGACUUCACCACCAAGACCCGCUCCACUAACGACGACGGUACCUCGCUGGAUCUGGAGUGGGAAGACGAGGAAGGAAUCAAUCGUGCACUUCCAGCUUGGGAGAGGUCUCGGACAGAGGAGGACAUCCUGCGAGCGGCCCUGAGGCCCGGCGGCAAGCAGAUGACCAGCGGGCCGACCUCGGCCUCCGAGGACUCCAACGCACUGGAGUGGGAGAAUGAUUUUGUGAGUACGCACCCAGAGGACAGUGCAGACACUGAAUUUGAUGGGUUUGUCAAUCCUGUCCUAGACACUCCCUCUGAGGACGCCUCGGACUUCAGGUCGGACAACCAGGACAGAUAGUGUCCAGCACCAAAGGAGACGUUUGUUGUGUCCUCUUCAUGUCAAAGCUCACCAGCUUUUUGCCUCAUGAAAUGGAAAUGUACGUACUCACUCUUCAUAUUCUGUAACGAGACUCUGUGGGAAUAUGUCGUGUAAUCUACACUACACAACAGUGUGGUGAUGUUUUUAUCAAAUACUCAUUUUUUCAGUGCCUUCAUUUGCCAUAUUAGCCGACCAUUGAUGCAUUGUAACUAAAACAGACCGAGUACUAGUGAUGUGCCAAUGAAGCCUCAUGAACCAUUUUCUUCAUUUUCUGAGCCCACUAGAUGGAGCUCUCUGUUCAACAAAGAGCUGAAAACACACUCAAUUACCAUUGCUUGAGCCUUUUUCUAUUAACCAAUAGCCUCAUCUAGUGUUAAGAAAAUAAAUAAAAUGGUUCAUGAAUUGGCACAUCACUACCGAGUACCAUCCAUUACCGUGUGACACAUUGUUCAGUAAGUGCUUAUUUCCAAUGCACAGUGCCCAGGAAACGCCAAAAAACAGACAGCUUUUUAUUCUAGUGACAUAUCUUACAGGUUGUCGGAGGAAUGUAACUUAUUAAGUUACUUUUUGGAAUCCUAGCAUGCACAUUUCUCUGCAUUUGACCCAGUCUAAACUAUUUGGCGGCAGCAGAUGGUCACAGUGCAGCGCCGGGGGACUAACUGCAGCUCUGAGGUCAGCAGCAAUACCGAGUGUUCCAGCAUGUCUUCUGCUGUUCAAAAUCAAACCCUCAGUCUCUGACUUAGGUUUCAGCUCUGCCCUCAGUCUUUACAAAUUAAAUAGUUGCAUGAUGGCAAAAAAGAAACUUUCUUCUAGAGUAAUAAAUAUUAGUUUUGACUGUUUUGACUUGAGAUCAGUGUAAAAAUCAUUGGAGAAAGAAUAUUUUCUUUACUUUUGUAUAAUUUUUCUCACUGUUUGAUGGACAGUGUGGGUGCAUAGCAUGCCAUCAGAGCAGCAGCAUCUUCAGAUGAGGCAUGAUAUGCUGUCAGUGUCCCCUGCAGUCCGGCCCAAGAGCAAUACGGGACCUAUCAAAUAUAAAAACUGCAUAACUGCAAUGUGCAUUUUCUUGUAUUUUCAAAGAUCAAUAAAUAGGCUUCCUAUGAGACAUUCAUUAACACUCAAUGCUGCUUUCAUAUCUGAUUAAAUUGUGUUCGGCCCAAGCAUGAAAACACUUUGUCUGUUUGCAGUAAAAUGCUCAGUAGUUUUUAUAAAUAUAAAGUUUCCAUCAAUGAACAUCUCGACAACGAAGGACCUCUUAUAAAACACAUCGAGCUGCAACGAUUAGUCGAUUAGUGCAUCCAUAUUGAAAUGAUGGCAAACUAUUUUGAUAAAUCGAUUAAUCGUUAAAGUCAUUUUUAAUGCAUAAUGGCAGAAAGUGACGUUUUCAGCUUCUGAAAUGUAAAGAUUUCCUGCUUUUCUGUGUUUUCUAUCACAUGAAACUGAAUAUCUUUGGGUUUUGAACUGACAUUUAAAGGCAUCGUGUACUUUGGAGAGCUGUUGUGAACAUUUUUCACUAUUCUCUGACAUUUUAUAGGAAAUAAUCUGUAGAUGAAUUGAUAAUGAAAAUAAUCAUUAGUUGCAGCUCUAAAAACCAACAUAUUCUCUCUGCACAAACUGAACCAUUUGUAAAUCAAGAGCUCUGUUGGAUAAUACUGCCGGUUAUUCCAAGCUCCACCCUUUCAGAGUGUACUAAUUCAUACAGUGCAUUAAUGCGUAUAGAAUAGAGUCACAUUGGAUUUACAAUUGCCCCCCAAAAUUUUAUUAUAAGAUCUUUUUUACAUAAAAACAGCACACAACAGCAACAUCAUUGCCAGACAACAUGACAUCCACACCCCAGACAUAUAUUAUGGAUUAUUCAGGACACCAUCUCUUCAUAAUUUGCAUAUAAUUAUCCAUGACUGGCAAAGCAACAACAACUCUGGUUGACUGAUUAUAACCCACAACAGCCUGUAAACUAUGGAACCAUCGUCACAUUUAAGAAGCUGCAAUUAGCAAUAUUUUGGUUGUACUGUUUGUGGCCACAUUUCUCCAUCUAAGUCACAAAUCCAAACUGAGGGAAAGCUGAAUAAUUAAGCUAAUGUGUGGCUAAUUGCUCUGAAAUAUACAGGUACAUCACAAAGAAAUAGAGUAUCAUAGAAAAGUUUAUUUGUCAGUAAUUCAGUUCAAAAAAUGGAAAUAACACAUUAUAUACAGUCAUGGAAAAAAAUAUUAGACCACCCUUGUUUUUCUCCUAUUUGUUUCGUUCAUUUUUAUGCCUGGUACAAUUAAAGGUACAUUUGUUUGGAUAAAUAUAAUGAUAACAACAAAAAAAUUGCUCAUAAGAGUUUAAUUUAAAAGCGGAUAUCUAGACAUUUUCCAUGGUUUUCUUGAUAAUGAUUUUGGUUAUUAUUCAGUUCAGUUCAGCUUUUUUAUUUCAAACAUGUGCGAGUAACACAAGAAAGUCAACUCAAAAACAAACAAAUCCAAUGAGAAUAAUCAAAACAAAAAUAGCAAUAGUCAAAACAAAAGCUAUAAAGUGAAUGCAACAUGUCCGAACAGGAGUAGGAUGAAGCAUAUGCUUAUUUAAACCUACCCCUUCUCCACUACUCAAUUAACAUUUUUUAAUUUUUUCCCCCCCCUAAACAUACAUAUUUACAUAAUAUAUAUUUACCAAAAAAAAAGAAAAUAAUUAGAUUAAAUAAACAAAUACAUAAAUAAUUGAUCAUUUAUGAAACACCCGAUUGUUAAAGCCCUUCUAUCAAAAAACCCAUGGAAAAUGUCUAGAUAUCAGUCUUUUUUCCCAUGACUGUAGAUCCAUUACAUACAAAAUGAAACAUGUCAUGUCUUAAUUUAAUUUCUUCUAAUUAUAAUGAUUAUGGCUUACAUUUAAUGAAGAUCUAAAAUUCAUUGUCUCAAAAAAAAUUGAAUAUUACAAAAGACCAAUUUUAAAAAGUCUGUUUAAUAAAAAAAUGUUGGCCUCUGAAAAGUAUGUCCAUCUAUAUGACUCAAUACUUGGCUGGGGCUGUUUGACUUGAACUACUGGAAAUGGACUUUUCCAUCAUAUUCUAAUGUAUUGAAAUGGUCCUCUAUACAGGAAUAACUGCAGAAUAUACUACAUAAGUGGAACAUAACAGGAGACAAUCUUCACUAACAAAAAUGACUCCAGCUUCAAAUAAAAGACACGACUGAUUAGUGGUCGGUUGCUUUUAUUCAUCACGUAAUCAAGAGACGAUGUUUUUAAAUGUGAUUAAUUUGUAUUAAAUCUGAUAUGAAAUCCAAAGUCUGAACUAAACGUUCAUAAAUCAUGAUAUGAUUGUUGUUCACUGCUUAUAAUGAAAGCAAUAUGAGUCUGGAUGAGAAAAGAAAAUCACCAAACAUGCAAACAGGACUCUGGUGUAAACUCUGUAAUGGAUCCAAUGCUGCUGUAUACAUUCUUCUUCUUCUUCUUCUUCUUCUUGUGCUUUACAGUUUGAUUUCACAGUGUUUCACAAUGAUUAUUUAAUCUGUUUGAAUCAAGCGUAGUUCACUGAUUGCACUCCGGUGUGUGAGGUUUUUUUGGUGUUAUAAUUCACUGAACUGAUUGAUGUGUGUGAAGAGGAAACUGGUGUGUGUGUGUGUGUGUGUGUGUGUGUGUGUGCGUGUGUAGACGAGACACGGGUUGAUCCGGGGACAUUAAACUUCUUAAUAUUUGAGUGUGUAAUUUAACAAUAGUAUUGUUUUGAGCACAUUUUUCAUAUUCUGUUUUGCUGCGAGUACAUGACCUCUGAUGAUGAAUCACUGUAACUUUCUGUAAAAGAAGUCUGUAACUUAACAUUCCUUGUCACACUGAGCCUGAGAGGAAAAAUAAAACCCAGAAACAUGCACUCACUGGAACGACCACGUGAACAUCACGGACAGCUGGGAUUUCUGCUUCUAACAAACUUUAGCCGUGCCUAAAUAACACCGGCAGAGUGAAUUUGUCUGCUGCAAAACAGUACAGUGGUGGAAAGUAACUAAGUACAUUUACUCAAGAACUGUACUGAAGUACAAUGUUGAGUUACUUGCACUUGAGUAUUUCCAGUAUUUAUGUAACUUUAUACUUCUACUUCACUACAUUUUCAGGCAAAUAUUGUACUUUUUAUGCUACCUAUUUUGCCCUACAAAGUCUAACUGCAGUAACUAUGCAAUGAGUAAAACUGAGAAAAACUGCUUUAAAGUUUUUUAAUGGUUUUUAACUGACCAGCCAAAUUGGUUAUAGGUAGGUAAGUGAUAUGACACUUAUUUCCACAUGUAUUGAUGUAAUUUUUAUGCUAAGAAAUCAUGACAAAUAUUUGACCUUUCACCCCAAAAAUUUAUUUACUGCACUCUGGUUUUGCAUCGCUGUAAAAGGUUCUAAUGGUAAUGCAAAACCGGAGUGCAGUAAGUACAAUGUUGUUGUCUUCAUUCAGUAUAUAUAUAUUGUUUCAAAGAUGAAUGUGUGUAUUUUAGACUUAAUAUUACAAAGAAAUGUUAUAUUUUAGUCUUCAUAUAAUUUUAUCUCACUUUUUUCUGGAUUUUGUAUUUACUGCAAUUUUUAUAUCAUUGUUCCUCAAUUUAGACCAAAAAUGUAGUUACUGCAGUUAGACUUUGUAGGGCAGUAUAGAUCAUAAGACUUUGAAAAGAUUUGGAGAAAACUCUUAGAGUUUUUAGUCUCACACUGAGAUUUUAGACAGACUGUCAAUCUUGCAGGGUCACUAUUUACAAGACUACAACUAGAUUAUUUUCCUACCAUGCAAUGUUUUUCCCAUCAUGCUCUUAGUAAAAACUUACAAAUGUAGGAGAAGCAGCUUUUGGCUCCAGCUGCUCUCGUGUGUGACGUGGUUUGUGUUGGAAAAAAACAACAACAAAAAGGGUUUCUGUUUUUCUGACAUGAAAAGUUGACUAUUUUACAGUAAAUAUAGAUAUAAGGAAGAAUAAAAGGAAAAGGAAAGGAACAUUUAGAAAUGAAUUCAUGAUAUACAUUUAUGUCCUAUUUAAUUAUAAUUUGUCCAUCCAUUAUUAUUUAUUUAGGUAUACAUUUAAUUAUACAUUUUACCUGGGUCUCCUUACUGUUCUCUUUACUUUUCACACAAAAACAAAAAAAACCCACACUGGGCUAUACUACAUUACAACUCGGCUCACAGACACAAAGAAAAAUACAUAUGAUGAUUCAGAAAUUAUAUAGAUACAAAAAUAAAUGACCUACAUGUUCCAGUCCUAUGUAAAUCCUUGUGUAAAUAUGGUUGAAAUAUUCAUACCAAUGUAUAACAAAAAAGGAUCCCACAUUCUAUGAAAGAUGUCAUCUUUAUAAUGCAGCAUACAUGUCAGAUAGUCAAGAGAUAUAUAUUCUAUUAUAACAUUAUGCCAUUGUGUUCUAGAGGGAGCUUUAUCUGUUAUCCAGUUUAAGAGAAUACAUUUUCUAGCACAGAAAGGUAACAUUUUGUACAAUUUCUUCUCAUAUUUAUCAACAAUAAAGGCAUUUGAUAUCUCAUGCAACAUGCAUAAUGGGUCACAUAGCAGAUUCUUAGAUAAAAUCCUAUUGAUCUCCUUCCCCACCAUGUGACAGAACUUUUGUAUAUUCCUGCAGGACCAUGAGCAAUGAGUAACUGUUCUCUUUACUAAGAAACAGCGCCCCCAAAAAUCUAAAUAUAUGACAUCACUAUAUUUUUUAUUUAGGACUGAGCUUACUGUCAUUAUUGUGAUGUUCCUUUUUCCUGUGGAAGUGGUUUUACUGGCCGGUCUGGAACCGGGGACCUUUCCCCCGCUCAUCUAUUGGUUGGUGAUUGUGUUACGUCACUGAGACUUGAGAUAAUAUCAAACACGUUUGAUAUGAUCCAAACCCAAGACUAGGGAAAGACUGAUUUGAAACAGAGCAGAUUACUACCUUAAACUUAACCAUGGAGAUGACGGGAGCGCUGUGACUCCAGUAAAAGAUUUACGAAAGACUUUCAGUUUGUAGUCUGGGACUGUGGAAAUCUUUUGGUCAAGAUUUAACAUGAAAACAUCAUAAAUUAAAACGUAU